AAAACUAGAAAAGGGCUUCCCAAUUUAUAUAUAGUUGGAGAACGUUUGCUUGUUUAGAGUAUCUGUGAGAGAAGGACACUCUCGAAAGUUUUACAAAGUUCUCUCUCUCUCGAAAAAAGAAGGAGAAUAUCUCAUCUGUAACACUUUCCCUCACGAACGCGAGGGAGGAUCUCUUCAACGACGACGAUUCCUUUUCUUCUUCUCGUUUAUUGUAGUGAUUCCGAAUAUUCCAGACAAUGCCCGAUGGGCACAGAAUGGGGUGACAGUUGCUGGAGACCAUGGACGAGGCAAUGCCACCAAUCAACUCUACUACCCUGAAGGUCUCUUCGUUGAUGAUGAUCAAACAAUAGUCAUUGCUGACACGUGGAAUCAUCGUAUCAUCCAAUGGAAGAUAGGUGAUACGCAUGGACAAGUAGUAGCAGGUGGCAAUGGCGAAGGAAAUCGAUUGGAUCAAUUGAAAUAUCCAACCGAUGUGUUGAUCGACAAAGAGACGGAUAGUGUCAUUAUUUGUGAUUGGCUGAAUCGACGAGUCGUACGAUGGUCUCGUCGUAAUGGCACAGCUCAAGGAGAAAUCAUCAUCAACAACAUCACGUGCUGGGGAUUGGCCAUGGAUGAUCAGACAUAUCUCUACAUCUCUGACAUCAGAGAACAUGAAGUAAGACGAUAUCAAAUAGGAGACAAGAAUGGAAUUAUUGUAGCUGGUGGUAAUGGCGCAGGUGCUGGUCUCAAUCAACUCGACUGGCCGACCUGUGUCUUCGUCGAUCGACAACACACUGUCUACGUGUCAGACAGCAACAAUCAUCGUGUGAUGAAAUGGAAUAAUGGUGCAAAAGAAGGAAUUGUCGUAGCUGGAGGUCCAGGCAAAGGGAAUACAUUGACACAAUUGUCGAAUCCUUACGGACUGUUCGUCGAUACGUUAGGUACCCUCUAUGUGGCAGACUGGCCGAAUCAUCGAGUGAUGCGUUGGCCUGAAGGAGCAAAACAGGGCACUGUCAUUAUGGGUGGAAAUAGCUCAGGAGCAGAAGCUAAUCAGUUCAACUGGCCCAGAGGUUUGUCCUUCGAUCGAUAUGGCAAUCUCUAUGUCGUCGAUGAGAAUAAACAUCGUGUUCAAUGUUUUUCAAUCGAAUAG